AUGGGUGGAUAUUUACAACAAGCUCUGUAUGAAAUUUCUGUACUUGGAUGGUUCGAAGAAACAGUAAGACCUAUGGUACAAGGCAUUGUCAACGCUAUUACUCGUGCACACGAUAAUAUUCAACCUGGUUCAGUGGAUCUUUCUGUAGGGGAACUUUUGAACACAAAUAUCAAUAGAUCACCAGCAAGUUACCUUUUGAAUCCUAAAGAAGAACGUUCUCAAUAUGCUUAUGAUGUGGACAAGAAUAUGACAGUACUUGGAUUCAGGGAUAAAACAGGAAAAGGACUUGGACUUAUUAGUUGGUUUGCAGUUCAUGGAGUAUCAGUCAAUGAAACAAACCAUUUGGUGAAUGGUGAUAACAAAGGUUAUGCAGCAUAUAUAACUGAACGUACAAUGAAUCCGUCUAGUAUAUCUGGUAAAGGAAGGUUUGUCUCUGCUUUUGCUCAAUCCAACGAAGGUGAUGUUACUCCGAAUACACUUGGUUCUUUCUGUACAGGUACCACCAUACCUUGUGAUGGAUCGAAAAAUGAUAAAUGUCCUACUGGAUCAAGUUGCAAUGGAAGGGGACCAGGGUGGGAAAUAAGUGAUUAUGAAUCCAAUCGAAUCAUUGGUCAACAACAAGCAGACAAGGCAAUUGAAUUAUUUAAGCAAGAAGGUCAUUCACUCUCUGGUACGAUUGAUUUUCGAAACAAGUUUUUUGAUAUUACAACUAUGGUAGUCAAUGGUUCACAUCUUUCUGCUGGUACCACAGAUGGACCUGGUCUCACUUCUUUAGGUAUUUAUCAAAACAUGACACAUGGAACACCCUUGUGGAACAUUAUUAAGGAUAUUCUACGAACACCAACAAAGGAACAAGAAAAAUGUCAAGCACCCAAACCUAUUUUGAUUGAUACUGGUGAAAUCUCUUUUCCUUUCCCAUGGCAACCUACUGUAUUAGAAAUCCAAUUAUUCCGUCUUGGUGAUGUCUUUAUAACUUCUACUCCUUCUGAAUUGACUACAAUGAGUGGUCGACGCUUACGUCGUGCCAUCAAAUCAAGAUUAGAAUCUCAUGGAUUUUCAGUACAAGAUGUCAUAUAUUCUGGUCCUGCCAAUGGUUAUGCUUCUUACUGUACAACGUAUGAAGAAUAUCAGGAACAACGUUAUGAAGGUGCAAGUACACCCUAUGGUGAACAUACUUUGGAAGCCUAUAUCGAAGCAUUCUAUGAAUUAGUGGACGUCAUGGCGAAUGGAACAUCAAUAGCAAGUGUAGCUUUACCUGAUUAUACCAGCAAAGCUUUCAGCCUAGCACCUCCUGAUUUUACCGAUCACCCUUUGCUAUUACACAAAUUUGGCGAUGUAUUGACCGACGUGAAUACAACCAGUGUUUAUAAGAGCGGACAAACAGUAAAAGCGGUUUUUGUAGCUGGUAAUCCAAGAAACAAUGUCAUGUUGGAUUCAACUUAUUUAACAGUUGAGCAGCUGGUUCCCUACUCUGGUGGAAAGUAUAGGAAUGGAAAAUGGAAAGUGAUCCGGACAGAUAAUGAUUGGGAUACUCGCUUUCGUUGGAAAUCUGUUUCAAAAUUAUUGGGUAUGUCAAAGGCUACUAUUGAAUGGGAUAUUGAUGAUACCGUCAAAGCUGGAACAUAUCGACUGGGCUAUUUUGGACAUCAUCGCAAUGAUCUUUCUCAACAAGUGACUCCUCAUCAAGGCUACUCCUCCAUUUUUACUGUGCAAUAAAACCUCAUAUUUAGUUAAAUUUAUUUAUUUAUC